GUGACAUUGUUUUCAGGUUCAGUAUCAAUCGAAACUGAAAAAAAGUAAUGGAGAAAGAGUUGAACGAUGAAGAGUUGUGUAAUUGGCUGAAGGCGUGCAUAGCAUUAAAAUACUUUAAAGAAGGAAUUAUGCCUUUCAUUCAUCAACAGUGUGAAAAUAUCUUUAUACAAAACGUAAGCAAAGUUCAAGCUAGAUGCAACCUAUCACAAUACAUUUGCAAGGUAUGUGUUAUCGACACAUUAAAGCCAAGCCACGCCAAAAAUAACCCAUGCAGUAAAAGGAAAUGUAAUUGCAAAAUUGCAAAUACGAUAUUGUGCAAAGACAAUGGAUCAUGCAGUGAGUUGUAUGAUCUUUUAAGGGAUAAUCAUAGACAUAAUGAGCCUAAUUUUUCGAACACAAAUUGUUCACUUUGGUCAGACCCAACACGAGGCCCAUGGGAGCAAAUGAAAUGUUUCAUUUUCACUCCUGGAUACAAAUAUACUGCACAUGAAUCAGAUGCAGAUGUGACUUCAUUGAUACAAAUUUUUGAAAACAACAAGGAACUUCAAAACGUUCUGGGCAUUUGCUUUGCUGAUUUCGAUCAGGUCAGAAAAGAUCGAAACGCCAUAUACCAUUCCGGAAACAUGACGAUGUCCAAAGCAGAUCUUCGAUGUUACAUAUACCACGUGAAGACUGUUUUAGAAUUACCAAUGUUUCAAAACUAUGUAUCAACACUAUACCUAAUCGCAAAACUAACAGAGUUGGAAACAAACACAACAAGAAUCACAACACAAAACGAAAUUGACAUUAGAGAAGAAGUGAUGAAGGCACUGAAAGAAUCAAAGAAGGAAUUAGAAAUGCAUGCCGAACAAGGCAGAAACGUGGCAGAUGAACUUAGAAGACUUAUGGAUGCGGAAAACGCCAAUACGGUAAAACUUGAAAAAAUAUUUGGGGAACACAUAAAAACAUUAUUUGACCAAAUUAAAGAAACGAGAGAAACAAUUCAGCUUGAACGAAACGAAUUCCGCAGAGAUUUAUCAGCAACAAUUAACAAUAUCGAUGAGCUUCGGCGAGAACACGGCGUACAUUACAGAGGAAUACAGGAGAUAUUACAGAUAUUACAGCAAAAUGAUCGUUUACCGCGAGGGAUUAAAAGAAAACGUGCCGAGCCAGAACGUCAUGACGUGGUGAGGGCUGUUAUAAAAGUGCUGUGUUCCACGAACAAGGAUCUUGUUUCUGAAAAGAUUGUUAAAAUUGCAAAAGGCUGUACACAAGACGACGAUCCACAAUUGCUAAGUGAAGUAGCAUCAGUGCUUGAGCAAUUGCAAAAAGAUGGAAACAUAAUAGUAGACAUCAAAAACGAAUGCGUGGCUCUGUACAUCAGCGUCCCAUCACUUCAGAAUUGGAUUCACUUAUGCAGGGAUUUUUUCAAUGGUGCACUGAUGCAAUUGCUUCAACCGCUUCAAAACUACUUGAGAACACUACCCAAAUGCGGGGCACUGGAGCUAAGAAUGAACAUAUCCGAACAUGAUUUGAUCAAGUCUUUUGCUAGCUUACUUGACCGUAUUUCACCCGUAUUAGCCUCGAAAACUUUCAGCGAUAGACAUGAUGUGAACGUGACAAUCGAAUUGCUUCAGGAGCUGCAAUUCAAACUAUGCGUUUAUAAUAGAAAAGCCAAAGCUUUAGCUGAGAGCUUAGAUGAGGUAGCCAAACUGAUUGAGGGUAAGUUAUAAUAUUGCUCAAGUUAUAAAUUCAUUAUAAUUUUGCAUUUUUACACAGCUUUUUGAAAGAAAGAUGACAUAAGGUUUUACACACGAAAUGUUCUCAAACAAGCUAUUUAGGUUUUUAUAUUUUUGACAUGUUGUAUCCCAUUCAAAGAGAGGGAGAGGAGCCCUGCGCGAGUAAUGGUGAGGGGUAGUAUUUGGGUUGCUGGGGUUGCGGCGAUGGCUGCCGUCAGAUUGGGUUUGGUUGGUUUAGGCGUUUCGUUGAUAUCAGGAGCUGUUGUAGUAGCCAUUGGUGGUCAUUCGGAACACACCUUGAACAAAGACAUAGUUUCCAGAAGCGAAGCUUACAAAAAGGCCAAGAGGAUAUUGCAGACGAUUCUACAAACGCACAAAGACAUCGUGGUCGGCUCCAAUCACAUCAUUGAUAUACUUGGACAGGAAAAACUUGAAGAAAGAUUCCCACCGCUUGCAAACAUUCUUAAACGUUAUAUCGGCGGAAAUGCAGAAAUCAGCAUCCUUAAUGCUUUAAAGUUGAUACGUAAUACUGCUUUUGAAAUUCGACGAGGUGGAAUGACAUUCUCUAUUGUUGAACGGAAAUCAAAAAUGACAUGGGAAGACGAGUUUGUUAUUUGGAAAAUAAAUAAGCUCAUGAAAUCAAAACCUACUGAGCCAAAUCUCCAACUGUUUGAAGUUGUUUGGAAGAUUUCUGGCAUGACAAAAAUGUUGCUUGAAACGUGCCGCAGUGACGAAGAAAUCGAGCAUCUGAUUAAUGAUACUAUUCGAAGAAUAGAACAAUAACUGCAUGGUGUGAGGAUGUAAAAAUGAAGAUUUUUAUAGUAACAUUCAUACGACCAUUUCUCCUGCGGGACAGAGUCGCAACUGAUUUGUUUUAUUGUCUGUUUAUCACUCUGGUAAUAAGGAAAACAUUUGAACAUGUAAAUGAACGAAUGCUAUUCAUCUUUUCGAUAUGCAUUAAUAAAUUAUCAACAAAUACUUCUAAGGUGGCGCAUGGGACCGAACAAAAAGAUGCACAAAUCUAGAGGAAAAGAAUUUUAUAUAUUAGUAUCGACAUAUUUUGCUUUAUUUCAUACACUGGAGGUUGAUAAAGCUAUGAAAAGUUUAUCCAAAAUUUACAGAAAUAAAUAAUCAAAAUCCAUUUUGAAAUGUGAGGGCAAUUAAAAAUUAUGACAUAAAGUAACUUGAAUAAGCGAAACGAUGAAUUUGCCUUUUUCGAAGCGAAUUUCAAGCCAAAUGUUCGGUGGCACGCACGUAUAUAAUAUGUUCGUGUGUUUACGUAUCUCGUUCCCACUUAUGAAAGAAUAAGUAAGUUGUGGAAUCGAGAAAACAAGUCUUGCGAACGAUUUGAAACCUCGUUGGAACGAAAUAAUUGAUUCGUAGGAACCAAUCAAAAUAAAUGUUGUUUAAUUCAUGUGUCAAAAUGGCUGACACAAUGGAGGCUAACAUAAUUUCGGACGAUAUAAAUCAAAUAGAUUCAGCCUGUUAAAGAC